CAGGGGGCGUAAAAACAAGCUCCUCCUCAUCCUCACCCACUUGCCUCUGUUCGUUUCUCAUCCUCAGCACAUCAUGAGCCUGAACAGGAUGGUGGCCAUGUUGAACGAGUGGCUGUGGCAGGAGCAGUACUGGCUUCCUCCUGGCAUCCGCUGGCAGGACAUCGAGAUGAGGGAUGAGGACGGUCGUUUUCCUAUGCCCAGGGAUCUCCUCAUCACGUUGCCACUGGCCUUUGCCUUUAUAGCCUUAAGAUAUGUAUUUGAAAGAAUCAUCGCCAUUCCUUUUAGCAAGUGUUUAGGUGUGAAGGAUCGGAUUCGGAUUCGAGCUCCGCCUAUCCCAAAGCUGGAGGCCUUCUACGAACACGUCAGUCGGCAACCAUCACAAAGUCAAGUUGUGAGCUUGGGCAGGCAGUGUGGACUCUCUCAAAGAAAGAUUCAAACCUGGUUCAGACACAGAAGGAACCAGGACAAGCCCAGCAAUACAAAGAAGUUCUGUGAGGCAUCCUGGCGGUUUGUGUUCUACCUCAUCUCCUUCGCCGCCGGACUCGGCUCACUGAUUGAUACUCCCUGGUUUUGGGAUCACAAAGAGUGCUGGAGGGGAUAUCCCAAACAGCCUGUGGCGGACGUUCACUACUGGUAUUACAUCUUGGAGCUGAGUUUCUAUUUGUCCCUGCUGCUCAGUGUUUCUGUGGAUGUCAAGCGAAAAGAUUUCAAGGAACAGGUGGUUCAUCACAUCGCCACCAUAUUUCUUAUCGCUUUCUCCUACGCUUCCAACUACGUGAGAGUUGGCACGCUAGUGAUGCUGGUGCAUGAUUCGUCCGACUUCCUGCUGGAGUCUGCCAAGAUGUUUCAUUAUGCGGUGUGGACAACGACAUGUGAUUCGCUGUUUGUCGUAUUUGCUGUUGUUUUCCUGGUUACAAGACUUGUGGUUUUUCCUUGCAGAAUUGUCCACACCACCAUGGUGGUGUCUCGUGACUUUUUCCAGCCUUUCUUUGGUUAUUAUUUCUUCAACGUUCUGCUGUUAGUGCUGCAAGGUCUGCACAUCUUCUGGGCCUACCUCAUUCUGCGCAUGUUAUACAAGUUUGUCUUCACGGGCAAGGUGGAGCGAGACGAACGCAGCGAUGAGGAAAGUGAGGUGGAUGAACAUGAAGAAGAGGAGCCAGAAGGAAAAGAGGGUGAGAGCAACUACAAGCAAAGGAAGGAGACUAUCAACUCCAAGCUGACAUUGCUGGCUAACAACUGUGUCCUAAACAACCUGACCAACCAGAGGAAUCUAAACAGCAGGCUGCGUAAAGCCAGAUAGUGGAUCUUUCCCCCAUUCUGCUCGCUGGAGAGAAACUCAAUCUUUUGUUUUAUUUCAUCACAGAUCAUUAACCGUUUCUGAUCAGGGUAGGACUCAAAUCUUUUUUGUGACAAAAUAGAGAAUCUUUUCAUGAAUGAUGGUAGAGAUUUACAACCAGUCUGAGACUUACAGGAAACAUAAUCAGUCACUUAAUAAAUCAGUCAGAACAAGGAAACUGUAAAAUGUAUUUCACAUCUACCUUAGUUUGUACAUAUCUUGUAUUUAUGUUCUGCAUUUUAUUGUAAUAACUUGUUUGUAAAUAUCUUAAUUAGCGAGAGACCCCUUUUUUCUUCCCUAUUUUUGAAGCGCUGAAGGUUUUAUAUGAAAUAUAAUUGUUGUUUGUUAAGGUAUAUAUUUAAUUGGGACUUAUGUAAGGAUUGUUUCUUAUUUUAAUCCUCAUUAACAUCUUUGUAGUUAUUGUACAUAUUUAAUAUAAAAUACAGGUCAUAGGACAGGAAGCUCUUUGAAACCACCUAAGGUUCAUAGCAGUUCUAAAGAAAAUAUUUUUAGUAAUAUUUGAUUCAGUUCUGUGUUUCUAUUUGUUUACUAGACAUAUGUCGCCCCCUGGUGUUUCAGAAAACGCAUAUACUUGUCAAGAGGAAUUUUUUGUGAAUGUAUGACACUGCAAAAAUUGUACUGCUUGUUUUUUUAUGUUUACUUCAGCUAUACUUGUUUAUUAUGGUCAAGGAAGCAACAUUAGGGUUUGUUGUUGUAGUUUGAGCUGGCAUUUUACUUUGUUCCUUAGGCUGCUGGUUUUACACUAAUUUACUACAAGAAAUAUGAAUGAAGUCUUUGUACUGGUGCUUUUAAUUUUACUGGACAAGCAUUCAACUGUGAAUGAUGUGGUCAAAAUGUCUUGCAUACAUCAUAAAAAGCGCGUCCACUCAGAGACGCUUGCUGCUCAGUUUAAGGCCUCAGAUGAAGAGAAGUGUUUCCAUUUGGUAUUAGCAACUUACUGAUAGAACCAAGCAUGCAUUUAUACAGUGAAGUGCACAAGCCGGUGUCUCCACUGCUGCAAACAAACACUGAUAUACUUUAUUAUUCACUAACCCUUUGUAUGGGUGUUCAGUGGAGCUCUCAAAAAUGACUGGCUGCUUUCACUGUGCACACAUGGCACAUCUGCUGCUUUUCUACUGUAUCUGAAAGUUGUACAGUGUAAAUAUUAUAGAGGGGAGGUUAAAAUAAAAAGGGCUGAUUCACUGAAUGGUGUACAUGCGUUGAGAUCCUAUUGAAUAUUAUUAAAUUAUUGUUUUAAUACAUUUAUAAAGCGGUUACUCUUGACUAUUCUGUAGUGAGUGCACAUGGAUGUUUUGUUCACUGAGUGGCUUGUUGAAAAGUUUAAUAAAUGAU